UUUCUCCGGCUGAAUCUCAGUGACAUUGAGCUGUAAGAUGACACCUGUCCGCACGCAACCAGUUUAGAGCUGCUCUCUCAGUCACCUGUACACUUUCUCUCGUCUUCUGUUCUUACGUGACAACAGGUGUGCCGGAGGAGGAGUGAAUGGAGGAUGUGGCUGUUUUGAACCUGUUGGAGUGUUCUUUGUGCAUGGAGCCUUUGGAUGUGUCUGCCAAGGUCUUGCCGUGCCAGCACACGUUUUGUAAAGCAUGCCUUCAGCAGCACGAGGCUUCACACCCUCAUCAGAUGUGCUGUCCGGAGUGCAGAGCUGCUGUUCCAGGAUCAGUGGAGGAGCUUCCUACCAACUCGCUGCUGCUGAGACUCCUAGAGAGCCUGCAGGAACGGGGUCCGCUGGGCACGCCGAGGGACAGAUCCGUCAGAUAUGUCAGCUCUACAGUCCAGGAGGACCUUUUAAGCUGUUACGUUCAAGAUCUGUCCAAACCGGAGCAGAACACGCAGGGGGUGCAAGCUCAAGCUGUAUAUGAUUUCCAGGGUAACGCACCUGGGGAGCUCACGAUGAAGUCAGGUGACAUCAUUUACCUGCGCUGGAGAGUAGAUGAUAACUGGUAUUACGGCGAAGGCAAAGACAGCAGCGGUCUGGUUCCCGUGGAUGUGGUGCGGGUCAUAAGUGAGCAGCCGCAGCCCCUGGCCGUCUGCCGAGCACUUUACGACUUCAAUGCUAACAAUCUGGAUCCGGGGGACAGCAAGGAAUGCUUAACCUUCUUCAAGGGAGACAGCAUUACUCUUAUUAAACAAGUGAAUGAAAAUUGGGUUGAAGGUAAACUUGGGGACAAAGUUGGGAUCUUUCCUUUGCAGCUCACAGAGCCAAAUCCGGCGGCGUACGAGCUUCUGGAAAAACGCAAAAGGAGGGACUCGGUGGAAUCGCACCCACGGAGCGGCGGCGGGGUCAACGCCGAUGCUUGCGUCCCCAGGCGGAUCGCUGGAGCGUCUCACAAGUCGGCCAGGCCUCCAAAUGUCAGUCUCCUGAACAGCCUGAACCAUCCUCCCCUCAGCCAGAGCCAGCAGCCGCCUCACAUCAGCUCCAGCGCGCAGCCGUCCUCCGGCAAGACGCCACAACUCGCCACAUUUAACAAGCCACGUCUGAGGAGCUCUCGCAGAAACUUGCCUAAGAGAGACAGAACAAUGAACGGUGAAAGUCCGCCAGCCAUCACCAUGGCACUGAUUAACCCUCAGGCGUCCCCCCUGCCGUCAGAGAGCAAGAUGUCUGCCACCCAGCAGCUCUCAAUUAGUGUGUGUGCGGCGCUGUAUUCUUACACGCCUCAUCGCUCUGAGGAGCUGGAACUGAGGAAGGGUGAGAUGGUGGGGGUUUAUGGGAAAUUCAAGGAGGGCUGGCUGCGUGGACUGUCUCUCCGAACAGGCAAAGUAGGAAUCCUGCCAGCCAACUAUGUUACACCUGUGCUCAGAACAUCUGCAAGGUUUCUUGAACAAACCAGACCUGCCAUUCCUAAUACAAGCACAGUAUCGGCAAAGCGCCACACCCUGCACAAGCCGCAGGCUGUUGUCCUGGCUCUAGACAGAGUAAACGGUGACACCCCUUCAGCUACAAUGGCUGUGAUGUCUUCUGCCGGUCCUGGGAGAGCAACACAGCUGGGUGGAAAGCAGGGAUGGAGCUCAGUGAGACGCACCCUCCAUGCCACACACAGGGGGUUGCCUAAUCACGGAAACUACAACUCAAAUUCCAUCGUAAACCUUCAGCCUCCGCCUCAGGACUUGGGGCAAAUCUACACUUUCGGUCGCUCACCAGUUCUUCCCAAAAAGAGAAACGGUUUGUUUUCAAACCCCAUCAAGGCUCAGCAUUGGGCAUAUGAGACAACAGCGCCCUCUGCUGGUGGAUAUCAAACCAUCAGCAGGGAUCCUGUCCAGAAAGAGGCCGCCGUGGCGCCUCAGUCCAUUCUGGUCAAACCAGACUCUCAUAAGCACAAUACAGAGAAGCCAGUAAAGUCAGUGCGGUUCCUGACUCAAGAUGCUCCUCAGACACCAAAAAUGACAUCUCCGGGACAAGUCUCUGGUUCCCAACCUGGUCUUUUGACUCUGGAACACUGGAAUCCUUCAGCCAUCUUGGGUCGGGAUGGAAGUACAUUAGUUCUUAAAGACACAAAAACACCUAGAAAGAGCACAGGCCUGGAUCAAUCAAUGGACUGCCUCUCGCUAAAUAUGAAGCCAGUGUUGAUCAACAACCAGCCCGGCUCUAACAGAUAUAGGGUCAUGAAAAGUUUCACCGCUAAAACGGAUGCAGAGCUCACGCUGACGGAAGGAGAAAUAGUCGUCGUUCAGAGGCCUCGAGCAGACGGAAGGCUUUUCGUGACCCAGGAGAUCAGUGGAAAAACGGGCCUUUUCAACAGCAGCGUUCUGGAAAUCCUAGACAAAGUCCUUUGAGUGCCACAUGUUCUUGUUCCAGUGCUGUGUUCAUAGUCACACCGUUUUAGCCUGUUGUGUCAUAAACCUUAAUUAAAAGCAAUAUCCUAUGUACUUACGACAAAUCAUGUCAUGCUUAAGGCACACCCACCUGGCACAAAAACUACUUUUUCCUUCAUCAUUAGUCAGUUCUGACAGAUAAACGUGCCUUUUUGUAUGCUGAAUCACUGUUUGCACUUUUAGAUGGGGUGACAGGUGGGGACGUUUGUUCAUUCUAGGAAACUAAUGAGUAUCUAUGACUGUUGGAUAAAGGGAGGUCUAAUGAUGACUUACUAAAGAUUGUCUUUUUCACGCACAAAAUCCUGUUGUCCCAGUACAGUAGUGGUGGACUUGUUUUGUUGUAUAAAACAUCAUAGCAUCUAUAUCCUGAUGAUGGAAUUCUUCAACGUUCCUGUUCUCAGUCCCUUUUUUGGGGGGAAUUUUGGGAAAAUUGUUAAACUAAUAAUAAUAAACAUGAAGAGUUCAGAAUUUUUUGGCUUUUACUGAAUUUAAUUUGGUAGGACUGAUGUUUACAUUGAAAUUAAGAACAUUUGCACAUACAACAGCAGCCACGUAAUUGUUUGCCAUAUCUGAGAAUACAGACUGGAUUACGUAACCAAAACUCAAGUAGAUUAUGUCACAUUUUGAAAUACUUGAAAUCAGACUAUCAGAAAUCAGAAUUACUUUUUUUGUUGAUCUCAUGAUUACAAAUUAGUCACACAAGUCUGUCUUUGAAAGACUUUUGUUUUUCAACCACAUUAAAGCACACAAAUUCACAUUUACAUGUAAUGCAGGGAUUCUCAAACUUUAUUUUUUUUUCACCUAAUAUAUUUACUUGGAGUACCCCCUGAUAUUCUAAAAUAACAAUUUCGUUAAUGAGCCCCAGUAUAAGAAACAUUAAUGCAGUUAAUUACAAUGAAUUGUCUUUGUAUUUUUACAUCAACAUGUUUCGAGCAACUGAUAACAUGUAAUCUGGAUCAUGUAAUCAGAUUCCAAAAUUAAGUACUUGUAAUUAGAUUAAACUGCAUUUUAAAAUACUUGUAAUCAGACUACAUUUACUUUUUUAUGGAUUACAUGAUAUUAUUUACACAAUAUCAAUAAAUU